AUGCAGCUGUCCCUGUGGCUGAGGAGAAUCAAACUCGACAUAACCGCUUCCAAUCGCCCGUAUACCCGUUUCUACUCGUCUCUGGCGCAGAGCCAACCUGACUAUGGCAUCAAACGGUCUCGCAUCCCGACGUACGAGUAUCGACCGUUGCUGAACCCAAGAGACACCCGUGUGGCUAUUCUCGAGCCAGCUGAAGCCUUCAAUGAGCCCCUCCGAUUGACCCUGAAGCGAGUCUCGCUUAGCAGCCUUGGUCGGGUUCGUUACGAGGCCUUAUCUUAUGUCUGGGGACCAAUCACAGGUGAUCGACGCGUGUACUGCGAUGGCAAGGUCAUACGCGUCACCCCCAACUGCGAAUCGGCGUUGCGCCAUCUCAGGUUGAAGAAGAAGCCACGGACGCUCUGGAUAGAUGCUCUCUGCAUCAACCAGAGCUCAAAUGCUGAGAAGAGCAGGCAGGUCCCCUUGAUGGGUGACAUCUAUGAGUCCGCAUCACGAGUCCUCAUCUGGCUUGGCCCUGGUAGCAAGGAGAUUGCCUCUGUGUUUCAGAAAGCGACUUUUCUAUACCCAUUCACCUCAUCACCUCUAUAUGCCCUUCGAUCAUUCGGUCCCAGAGUUGGAGACCAAGUUAGAAAAUGGAAUCUUCUUUACUCCGUCUCCAACUGGCUGUGGCACCACUGCUACAUUGGAAGCCGGUCUGAUGCUCAAGUCAUGAGCGUCAUCAGUCGCAACGAAUGGUUCUCUCGCAUGUGGACCAUCCAGGAACACUUGCUCGCAAAGCAGUCCGUUCUCGUCGCUGGACAUGAUUACUGCUCAUGGACUGCGUUUUCCUCUUACUGGAUGUGGAGCUUGACAGCCAUCCGAUCUGUCAAAGAGACUUCUAUGCCAGCUUCGUUACGCAUCGCAACUUGGAUCGCAUUCAAGAAUGCUACAGCAGCUCGGCAGGGGCAAAGCAUAUCAUCGGCACCCUUUGACAUUUUCUCCGGAUUCGUCGAAUGCGCCCGCACCCAUCGAUCAAGAGACCCGCGAGACAAGGUGUACGCUUUCUUGCCACUGAUACAGAAGCUUGAACCUCGAAAAGCUCCGCUUCCCGUCAACUAUUCCCUCUCCCCGUCCCGUGUCUACGAGGAGUUUGCAAGGUAUACGAUCAACAUGUCAGGCUCACUCAAGUACCUCGAAAGCCUGCCGCCCCUUCGGUAUCGAAGUACAAUGCCCUCAUGGGUCAUGGACCUUCAAAUACCCUCCAAGUUCCCUCUGAUGCGAUGGGCUGCCAGCCAACUCGGUGCUAGGGCGACGGGGGACAGUAAAGUUGAUCUUCAUUUGCUGGAGUACUCCGGACCGAAAGAGCUUAUGCUCCGAGGCUGUGGCAUCUCGCAAAUUGAGACACUCUCGGCCCCCGGCCCGAUGAAGCCGAAGCGUGUUGGCGAGCUAGAGGAUUGGUUCUUUGGGUGGAUCAGGGAGAUUGGGAGAGCGGUGCAUAAGGGUGAGGUCCCCUGGGCAUACACCUCUGCUGAGUCUGGACUUCAAGAGUUCAUCGACGGGGUAUUCCGCUUCGAUCCCUUCCUGGGCGGUUGUGUUCUGUUCCUAACAUCGUCGGGACACCUCGGAGUGUCAAGAUUCGAUCUUCAGCAUGGGGAUCAGAUUGUCCUCCUUGCUGGCUGCUCCCUGCCGGCUGUACUGAGGCCUUCCAAUAACCAGAAAGGCAAGGCUCACUUCAUGGGGGUCUCUUACGUUGCAGGCAUCAGUCACGGAGAAGCUUGGAUUCAUGGUGACGAGAACACUGCUGCUCCAUGUGAGACCUUUACUCUCAUUUGA